AUGAACGGUGUGCGCAGAUUCCUCGGUGGCGGUCUGACGAACGGCGCGGCGUCGACCUCGCAGCAAUCACCCGCGCAACAGGCCCCGGCACCCCCUCCGAUACAGCCCAUCGCCCCACUCGCGAUAUCCAAGCCGUCAUGGCCGCCGAGUCCGACAGGGACGCAGCCAGACUCUCCUCUGGGCAGCCCCAAGACUACUACAGUCGGCCUGUUCCUCCGAAAGGACAAGCAGAAGCCUGCUCACGUCCCAGGCGAAGCCGAGCCAGACGACUCUCCAGGACAGUCUACGCGUCCGACAUCUAACUCUUCGUCUGUCCUAUCCCCCAGUCGUAGCCGUGGCUCUAUCCCGAUGUCCUCUCCAGCCACCACUCCCGGUGGAUUAAGCCAGUCGCUGCCUUCAUCCCCGGGAGCUGGUCCAUCGUCGUCCCCGAUCCGUCCAAGCAUACCUAACCGGAAAUCUUUCAUGUCUAGGAAGUCGAUACACCAAGUGGAUCAGAGUGUCAAGCGUAGCUCAAGCCUACUCAACAUCCAAGAUGAGCUUCUCAUGAGCCUCUUGGCCAGUGAAGCGGUCGUGGACAGCAGGAAUUAUGUCAUUCUGAGCGCUGAAGAAGUUGAAGAACUCAAGAAGGAGCAACAAGUCUUGACCUCCCGGCUUGUGGCACUACAUAAGAAACUCACCUUGGAGACGAAAAUCAGGGACGCAGCUGUGUCAUUAUCUAGAGUCAAUGCAGCUCACAAAAAAAUGUCCAAGCAGACUCAGGAGCAACUGGAUGCUGCCAACCACAAAGUUGAUGUCGCUCAGAAAGAACUCUGGCGUGUCUCUGAGCGAGCUAAUGAGAUUACUCGCAAGCUACUUGAGCACCGUACCGCAGUCCUUGGUUUCUCCGUCCGGAGCUUGGAAAAGAAGAAUGCCCCCAACGGCGAUGUAUUGGAAUCUGAUGGAUCCGGCUACGACACGCCGAACCGGAGCUCAGCGAUGAGCCCUACCUCUUCAGCGCAGACUAGCGUUUCAUCCAAGGCUCGCUUUGAGGGGGCCCAUCUGUUCGCGGGUCAUGCGGAUGCUGUUGUACCUCAAGUGCCUCGAGCUCCGCCGACCGUCGCGGACAUCGUUGCUCUAGAGGAGAAGCUGAAAGCAGUUACGUCUAGUUUGAACGCAGCAAACAGGAAGCAAGCGGAAAUGCGCCAGGAGCUUUCUAUGCUACAGUUGGAGAAGGAGCAACUGGAGACCUCCGCACAACUGGAGGUCCAGAAUGCGGAGGAGUCUGUCGCUUCCAUGCAGCAAGAAUUGGUGGAGGACAGAGAAGCGUGGGAUAGAGACAGAGCUGCACUAGCCGAGCGGGACAGGCAGAUAGAGAUACUGGAGAGUAGGCUGGAGGUUCUUGAGGAGCAGAGCGGAGAGACAUCUGAGCUACAAGACUCGUUAGUCCGGGCUCGGCAAGACGUGCAACGUAGGGACAUGGAGAUCGAGGACCUGAGAAGAAGACUCGAGAGUCAGACUCAGUCAAAUAAUGCCGAGCAAGCUCUCAUUGAUCUACAAGACGAGCUAGACAGAUGCCGGCAAGACUUGCACAAGCUGACCGAGGACCACGGCAUCAUCGUAUCGUCUCCGGAUCCGUCGUUCUCUCCAUCGAUCGAGAUGUACAUAGAAGCUAUAGCCGGCGACUUGGAGGAGCGGCGGCUUGCUCGACUCGAGUGGGUUACCGCACAACGUCGACUAGAAGAGGACGUACGGGAAGCCACCACCAAAGCCAAUACCCUAGCCCAAGAGUUAGAGCGCGUCAAGCGCGAGAGGGAUGAGGCAAGGACUGAAUUGUCCACUAUCCGCAGUCGUCCUGAGGAACCAUCAUCCGCUACUUCCGCCGCUGUGGAGUAUACAGGCGACGCUGGCAAGGUGAUGGCUGUUCUGCAGCCGCUCUGGGCCAUCCUUCCUUCCCCAGAAGCGCGUGCAUCCAAGCUUGGAUCCAGAGCGUCCUUCAGAACCGCCUCCCCUACAAGCACACCCGGUAGCCCCAAGAUAGGUGCGACGUCGCUUUCCGAGAUGGACGUGCGAUCCUUGAAGACGCUAUACGACAAUCGCGCGAAUAACCCGGCGUCGGCGGACCCGUCUACCUUCUCUGUGGAAGCAUUUGCAGCGAGAGUUCAGGCACUGGUUCAGGAUGAUAGGGCACUCAUCGAGCGUCUGAUACGAUUUGCGCAAGCGCACGAUCUCCUGAAGAAGAAUGCGGAGAGGGCACAGAAACUCGCUCAAGAGAGUAAUAACGCCCUGGAAACCUACCAGAAGCAGGUGAAAACACUCGAGGAGCGGCAUGCUACUAUGGCUGCCCGGCAAUCCGCUUUACAACAAGAAGUGGAGCAGUUACAGGAGACUAUUGAACGCAUCACCGCUGAGAAGCAUGAGGUCGAAAUGCAUGCUGCCGAGCAGGCUGAGACGUGCCGACAGCUCACGGAGGCUAACAACACGCUCAGUGCGAAGACGCUCACGUUGGCGGAAGAAGCCGCGUCAGCAUCGGACGCCGUCCGGAGGCAAAUGGAGGCCCAGCUAGCUGAAUGCAGACAGUCGUUGCAGAAGGCGCAAGAUGAGCUGGAGGCCGUGCAGAUCUCCGAGCAGUCGCAACGGGCGGCCCUGUUGGACGAGUUGAAUUCCAUGCAGACGGAGAAUGGCAAUCUCAGGGCACAGUUAAGAGCUGCUGCCGCUAAGAAAUAG